CCCGCCCCGGGUCCCCGCGCCGCCGCCGCCUGCCGUGUGCCCGGCCGGUCCCCUCCCCGCCGCGCGGCCGUCAUAGCCCGGGAGGCGCCGCCGCCGGGGGGAGGAGACAGGGUGCGCGGCCCGGAGGCGGGGUGCGCCGGUGGGGUGCAGCGGAAGAGGGGAUCCAGAGGGGGGGAGAACUUCGGAGCAGUCAUCCUUUUUAGGAAAAGAGGGAAAAAAGAGAGCCCUCCCCCAACCCUCCUCCCCCAUCCCCUCCCCCUCCCCCGGCGCUCGCUCGCUGGCUCGCUCGCUCGGCGGCGGCGCACCACACACAGCGCUCGGCUCCGGCCCCGAGCGGCGCGUCCUGCCUGCCUGCAGCCCGGGCAGCCUCGCGGGGGAGCCGGCCGCCGCCGCCGGAGUCGGGGCCCAGGAGGGUCCCCGCGGCCCGCGCCCCCGGCUGGCGCUCCACGUGUGCGCCCCCGCGAGUGCUCAGCGCGCGUGUAAAGUGCCCGCGGGGCGAGGAGCCCGGGACUUGUGCACAGACGGGCUGCCGCACGUUGGGAUCCAUCUGCCGCCGCCUUUUUUUUUUUUUGUAAUUCUUUUCUCGUGCUCUUGGGACCUAAGAAUUGACGUUUCUGGGGGAGCCCAGAGUCUGGCCAGCAGCGUGGAAACCCUCGUCGUUCUCACCGCCCACCCCGCCGAUUCAUUUUGAUGUGUUUGGAAGUUUCAGACCAGCGACCAGUCGGAGAGUUCUGAAGAUUGGGUGGAUUUCUUUCUUUCUUCUUUUUUUUUAAUCUCCCCUUUCUUCUCAUGUAUUUGUUUUCUUUGCACACACAGAAAAGAAACUUGACAGAAGAGCAGGCUGGCCCUGAGAGAUACAAGUAAGUUCAUUGCACAGGAAAUCGGUUUCAUGAAACUUUCUAUGGGAUCCCUGGCCUGCUUCACUCGCAGCGCAUUCAAAUAAGUUGGGCUUCCAGGCGGCUCGGUGGCUCCUGCGCGCCGGGCACGGGCCGUGGUCCGCCCGCCCUGGCUUCACCUGGCGUGCGCGGGAGGACGCGACCAGACUGGACUGACAGCGCUCGCGCGCGCGCGGCUGUGUGUAUGUCUAACCUUUUAGCAGCACGGGAGGAAGCAGACUGAUAAUCACAAUAACUCGUCAUCACCGUCAUCAUGUGCCUCAUGAAAUAAAGAUCAGAAAGGGCAAUAAAAUCCAAAAAGAUUACCUGCAUCACCUGCACAAAGAGAGCCUCCGGGAUCUAGCGUUCCGCGUGACUGGAGACACCCCCUCAUCCAAGAAUGUCAAGCACAGCCAAUAAAAUAGCUGGAUUAUAACUCUCCUUCGUUCUUGGAGGGGUAGUGGUGGUGGUGGUGGUGGUGGUGGUGGUGCUGGUGCUGGUGGAGGUGGAGGAAGGGGGGACGUUCCCUCGGAGCUGGGGCGCACUUGGUCCUGGGCUACUCGUCCUCCGGUGCAGGAUGGCGCACGCGGGCAGAACAGGGUAUGAUAACCGGGAGAUCGUCAUGAAGUACAUCCACUAUAAGCUGGCGCAGAGAGGCUACGAGUGGGACGCGGGGGACCCGGGGGACGCGGGCGCCACCCCCGCGCCGGGCAUCUUCUCCUCCCCGCCGGGCCGCGCGCCCCAGGCCUCCAGGACCUCGCCGCCCCCGGCCGCCCCCACCAACCCCACCCCGGUGGGGCCGACGCUCAGCCCGGUGCCCCCGGUGGUGCACCUGACCCUGCGCCAGGCAGGCGACGACUUCUCCCGCCGCUACCGCCGCGACUUCGCCGAGAUGUCCAGCCAGCUGCACCUGACGCCCUUCACCGCCAGGGGGCGCUUCGCCACGGUGGUGGAGGAGCUCUUCAGGGAUGGGGUGAACUGGGGGCGGAUUGUGGCCUUCUUUGAGUUCGGCGGGGUCAUGUGCGUGGAGAGCGUCAACCGGGAGAUGUCGCCCCUGGUGGACAACAUCGCCUUGUGGAUGACGGAGUACCUGAACCGCCACCUGCACACCUGGAUCCAGGACAACGGAGGCUGGGAUGCCUUUGUGGAGCUGUAUGGCCCCAGCAUGCGGCCCCUCUUCGACUUCUCCUGGCUGUCGCUGAAGGCCCUGCUCAGCCUGGCUCUGGUGGGAGCCUGUGUCACCCUGGGUGCUUAUCUGGGCCACAAGUGAAGUCACCAGGCCCGCCACACACAAAUAUGCAAACGGUUCACAAAAGCAGCAGAAAUCAUCCACAUUGUCGGUGAUGGGCCAUGAAAACAUAGAGCCACAGUCUCUUACCCAAACGUGGAAAACAAAAACAGCUUUCAGGCAAAACGUCGAAUCAGCUAUUUACUGCCAAAGGGAAAUACCAUUUAUUUUUUACAUGAAUAAGGAAAAAAGAAGAAGAUGUUGAUGAUUUAUUUAUUUAAGACAGUCCCAUAGAACCUCCUGUCUUUGGAAACUCUGCCGCAAAUUGCCAAGCCCCCACCCCCUUCACCUGGGGGCAUUUCCCCUGGGCCUGUGAACUUGGAUGUGUGGUCCAGGUUGCUGGCUGGACUGAUUCACCUUCUGAAGAGCAAAGAAAGCAAUGAAGCACUGGACUAUUCUAGAAGCCGCCCCUGCUGGCUGCAGGGCAGAGAGAAGUGGAGGCGGCCUUGGUUUGCCCUGGGGGGCCAUCCUAUUCUUAGAGGGAAGGUGUUGGAGGCUGGGUUGUCUGUGCACCCCGCCCUGGCCUGAAGAUCAGACACUUGGCAUUUGGCUCAUUUGGUACCUACCUGGUUGGAGGGAAAAAUAAAUAAAUAAAAGCAAUCAGGAACUUGAGAUGUUCUUGGGAUUUGCCAACAUUUCCACAUCAAGGACAGUCGUGCUGGGGGAAAUGCCCUUAAACCAUAGGAAAGUAUUUUUUUAAGCUACCAAUUGUGCCCAGAAACAUUUCAGCAAUGUCUACAAUAUCAUCCAGUACCUUAAAGCCCUGAUGUGUAUAUUCCUCUAUUUUGGAUACACGCUCUUCCUAUCCCCCCCCACCCAACUUCAAAUACUGGCUCUGUCUGAGUAGGAAACCGAAGCCUCUGGAAGGUGAGGCAGUGACUUAGCCGGCAGCAUCAGGCUGCCACAAGUGCCUGCUUUUUUCCCCCUUGAAAAGCCUCCUCUGAGCACCCUGCCUUGCCCCCCUGGUCUGGCACUGAACCUGGGCCUUGCUGGCCUGUUCAGGGUCCAGUGUACACAGCAGUGUGGUCUCCAAGGGUGGGUGGGGGUGAGCUGGCAGAGCUGGACUGUCACAGUCAACUCAGAGCACUGAUGGGACUCAGCCAGUCACCCCACCGCCUGCAGUGAGGCCCCUCCCAUGGGGAACUCAGAACCUGAGGGCCCAGGCUCCUAAGACGUUGGUCCCCCGUGGAGCCAAGGAAGCUGGUGCCACCUCUAGUCCUGCUAGAGGAAAGGGAAAGGGGCUGGAAGGCCUCCACCCUGCAGGAUGCCUCCCGUGGCCUAGGUGUAACGAGGCCAGGGCACAGGUGCACGCAGCCAUGAACCCACCAUUUUAAGCAAGGUUUUAAAUGACACUGGGAGAGAGGGUCUCAAAUCCUCAAGAAGCUUUGAAAUGAAAUGUCAUGGAUUCAUUGGCCUAGGUCUGUGGAUUGCAAUGCAAAACAUUAUCUUGUCAUUGUAAUUUGGUUUUCUUUGAGAAACAGAAGGAAUAAGCAAGAAAAGAAAAAGGAUGGACGUUCCAAGUGUAGAUGGUGAGAAUUCUACAACCUCGGGCAUUGAAAAAGGAAAAAUAAAUAAAUAAAUAAACAAAUAAAAUUAGUGGUGGAAAACUUGAUAGAAAAGUAGCAAAAGAAGUGAGCCCUUGAGCUUAUAAACUAGGGAAUAUGUGUUUCAAGUUUAGAAUCGGUCUAGACACAUCCAUAUGUGGUGUAACUGUGGCAUUAUUGCAUUUAUAACAUUAUCUGUAUUAACGUUGGAAUGUAUCAUGUUCGAUGUGUAAUGCUGUGGUUGAUAUUUCAAAAGCUGCUUUUUUUUUUAAGAAAAUACAUGCAUCUCAGCAUUUUUAAAAAUUGUGUUUAGUUAAGGCCUCUACAAUCUUUGUAGCAAUUUUUUUUCCUAUCUCUUAAGACUUUAAAAAGCAAUCUUGAACCCGUGCAGGAAGCCCUGAGUUCCAGGCACCUGAGAAACCCUGUACCCCACUAGCCACUGAGGAGUUUUGUCUCAACAGAAUUCUAUGCAUUUCCAAGUCAAUAGAAUCGUUCAUGCCAAAAAAAUCCAGAUGGGAGAUGAGCAGGAGAUGAAAUCCCGGCUCUGAGGAUAGAAGCUUUAGAGAGCUGCUUUUUCUGGACUGUUGACACACACACCCAUCUGGAGCUCUCCUGCCCUCCACAGGCCUCCUUCCUGUGGCUGUUGUUCAGGUCUCCCUGAAAUACAGCUGCGUUUCUGCCUGCAGCAAGAAAGUGGGAAGCCCAUGCAUGGUAGGAGGCCAGACCUCCCUAGCAGGCCUCAGGGAACAGGACCACCAGAGCUUUGAAUGAUUCUCUCAUUUUUAUUUUUUAAAGCAACAUGUUAUUUUAUGAAAGGUUUACAUUGUCCAAAGUGAUGGAUACAGAGUAUCAGAUCCUGUGCUGCUAUCCUGCCAAGAUCCUGUUCAUGGAGUCGGUUUGCAAUGCACUCCAAGUGGCGAGGUCCUGCGAGAUCCUCCAAGCUGCUUUAGAAAUCACAAUGAAGAGCAUGGACCCUUUUUUUUUUUUUUUUAAAUAUAAAGCUUGUCUGUCUUUUAUUGUUGUUAUUGAUGUUGUUCAAACCAGGAUUCGAAAAAAAAGUAUUCUAAAAAUGUAUAUAUAUUAAAAAAAAACAUGGGGGUUAACUUCUGCCUAACUUUUGCUGCAGGGUUUAUUACCUGUUUUUAAUAGCAAGCGGGUCAGCCCACCUGACCCCAGACUGACCAGCAUUGUAGCUGCACUUGCUCUAAGAGUAGUUGGCAUUGCAAUUUUCUCAUCGUUCAGAAGUUGUUAGAAGUAAUGAAUGUAUAUAAAAGCUUCCAUUAGCCCUGUUUCUCUCCUUCUUUCCUUCAUCUCACUUAUUCUGUGACCACAUACACCUGCUUCUGUUUUGUGCUGAGAAACGGUUCCCACCUGAGUCGCUCCUGGUACCUACAUUGAGCAAGGUCAGGGUGACACAGAACACAUGCACUUUCCCAUGGGGCUCCAGGAGGAAAAAUGCCUCCAAGGGCUGCCUGGGUCCCCGCCAGACCCUCCUCCCUGAGCAAGGACACCAGGACAGCAAAGUCACAGCAGAUUUGCCUGCCAGCCAAUGGCUCACCUCAGAAGCCUGAGCUGUGGCCAAGUAUCCUUGCAGGCUUCCUAUUGGGAUUCAUAGCUCAUUUCAAGUUAAGGAAGCACCUCGCUAUAGUUGAAAGAAUAAAAAAAGAAAAAAAAGAAACCCAGCAAUAUCUCCUGUCCUGGUCUUCUUACUCCUGCUCACUCCUAUUUAGACUUCUGUUUCCAUGUGAUUCAGCUGUACGUGAAGCCCUAUCUCUCAUGCGAUGUAGGAAGCCUGGAAGUGAUUACUAAUCAAAUAAUUAUAACAACCAAGGUUAGACACAAAGAAGUAGGCGGCCCUAAUAUGUUCUGGCUUUCAAGUCAAAGAUCUUCUGAAUGAAUGCCAAUUGCAAAUUGUCUAUAUUGUAAUCACAUCGGGGCUAACAUGACGAAUUUAUAAACAUGAACUUCAAUCCUAAUCCCUAUUGCACUUUGAAGGCAAUGACUGUUUUUAUACUUUCUUAUCACAGGUAGUAAUGCACACCUACUCUAUCAGAAAAAAAAAAUACAAACACGCAGGAAGGGCUUGAAAUGUAAGCCACCCUACGGAAAUUAGGGAGUCCAUUGAAAUUCUAUUCUGGUGUUGUGGUGUCCUUUGCAGCCCCAGACAAAUGUGGUUACACACUUUUUAAGACAAACAAUUCUACAUUGUCAGGUUUAUGAAGGUUCCUUCCAAUCUGAUCUUGAUUGUUACUCAAUUUGGAUCUUUUCAGGGAUUUUUUUCUUUUUUAAAUUAUUGUAGGACAAAGGCCACUUGUUGCAGGAGGUGGGAAGGGAGGAGAAUGUUCCCAUGAGCAAACUACUCCCAAGAUGGGAUCAGAGUGUGGAGAUGAGCCAGGACAGCACAGGAUGAAAUAGAAACAAGUCGGACCUUGACUAGGGUCAGUGCAACGCCUCUGAAGGACAUCGUGUGACAACAGAGACACAUUUGUGAGCCCCAUGGUGGUACAGAAGGACCCAUGCUGGAACAUCUGUGGUUGGAGGUGCCCAUCUCCAGCCUGCACUUCCUCGUGGCUGGUCAAACAAUAAAUCUGCUGUUUAACCCACAGGAUGUUUAAUGACAACCCGCUGGCUGAUGGGAACAUCUGUUUCUAAAUCUUACCCACAAUGCUGGGGGUGGGGCAAUGUCGGACUGAAUGGGGUAAGUCAUCUUCCAAGUCCUUUGUCCUUACCCAAAAAAUGUAACUGCUCCCUGGCUCUGCUCUUAGCUGAGGAGUUGGACAGUUAUAAUAUACACCCCCCCCACACACACCACACACAUACUGAGAAACCAGACAGCAUAUGAGUAGUUUUGUUCUAAUUCACCACAACUCACCCCACAGAUAACUUCAAGCUGUGUGUGCCAAGGUAGUACCAAAGACAAAUGCUUGUGGAGAAUGGGAAGAUACGGUGGCCGGGCGGUGGUACACUGGUUAAGCACACAUAGUACUAAGCAUAAGAAUCUGUGUUCGAGCCCCAAACUCCCCACCUGCAGUGUGGGGGUGGGAGGUGGUAGAGGGACGCUUCACACGUGAUAAAGCAGAUCUGCAGGUGUCUUUCUUUCUCCCACUCUAUCUCUCCCUCCUCUUUCAAUUUCUAUCUGUCCUAUUCAAUAAAAAGGAAAAAAAUGGCCUCCAGGAGCAGUGGAUUCACAGUGUUGGCACUGAGCCCCAGUAAUAACCCUGGAGGCAGAAAAGGAGAGAGAGAGAGAGAGAGAGAGAGAAAGAGAGAGAGAAUAUGAAUGGGAAGACACCACCCAAUCAUUCAGUGAGUGUUACUAACCAGGGCUGCAGUUAGCAUUGUACAGACCCGAGCCGGGGUUGGGGGGAGCAGCUCUGCAGUGGGGCUGCUGGUGAGGCCCUGUUCUUAUUCCUUUGUCUCCUGUGUAGCAUUUGGGAGAGUGAUCACCCUUCAGAUUUCUUUGGAAGCUUUGGUGGUUGUGUUUAUUAUUACUGUCUCUAUGAGUCUUUCAACCCAAGGUUUUGCUUUUGUUUUGGGUAGAUGGAUUUAUUUUUUAAGUGUGUAAAAAGAGCUUUUUUUUUUUUGGAGAGUGAUACCUUCUUAGGGCUAGUUGGUACUCUGUGGCAUUGUACAAAGCAGUAUAUGGCCCACUUCUUUUUUUAGGUGGUGAAGAGAACGUUAUGUCUUGAGUUGACCAGUGUGAUGGCACUUUCUUUGUGUGGUUGGGCAAAGUCACAUUGCCACUGAGCUUUCUUUGUCUGUCCAGUUACUAUUCUGAAGAAUAAUAAAGCACCGUAUGAGAAA